CAGUGAUGACAAAUGCAUUCCUGUACAAUAUAUACAGCAUUUUCAUACCUGACCAUAAAGCUCUGCACUGGUCCCAGCCGUGACAGAUAUUCUCUUGCUUGUCAAGUCACACUCUUCCCAGUAUUCCAGAUCUUCAUCAUGAUCCUCUUCACUCCUGGGCUGCUGCUGCUGCUGCUACUGUUGGCUCUCUCUGGAUGUUUCAGCGAAGUUGUAGAUGAUUUUUUGAAUAAGUGCCCUCAGUUCUUCGCUAACCCUGGAAAAACUGUUUGUACUCCAACCGUGUUUCCCGACAAAAAUCGUUACAAAAAAAUCUGCCAGUCUUUAUACGAAGAGCAAGGUGUAUAUGUAUAUGAAUAUGCAACUCUGUAUGACACAGCAAACAAGAUUCCUGUCUACUCAGCCUACAAGUUUGAAGGUAAAAUAGAUUGUACAAGAGAUGACACCUGGUACUUUGAACCCCAGCUUGACAACCCUAAAGCCGAAGGAACAAUGAAACGUGACAACAAUGCGGACUUGUUAUCAAACCAGUCUGUCAGCAAAGACUACAUUAAAUCUGGCUUUCAUAAAGGACACCUGGCUCCAGUCUCACAUGCCAGGACCCAGGAAUGCUCAGAUGCCACUUUUACCCUCACCAACGCCGCUCCACAAAACGGUAGUUUCAACAGUGGAAAAUGGAGGGUGACAGAGGCAAAAGUAGCUGAGAUUCUGGAAGAGAAGUGCGCAGGAAAUUCAAGGUACAUUGUUACCGGGGUGGUUCCUGGCACAAAAAAAAUCAACAACAGAGUUCGUAUCCCCAGUUUCUUCUGGACCGCUUACAUCUGCCUAGACAACAACCAGCAAGUGAUCACUGCAGGUGCCUUUCUAGGAGAGAACCGAAAUGACAUCCCGGUCUCAGAGCUUUACAUUUCCUCGCUUGAAUCAGCUUUAGAUUCUCUCUACAAGACACGUUUUUCUAUCUUUUGUGGAUAUCCUAAAGAGAUUGAGGGCAGUUUCAGUUCAGCUGAAAAUCAGAUGCGGCUGCGUGUGCUUUGGUGUCAGAAGUGUUCACCAGCAUAUAACAGAAAAAAAUGUGUCGAAAAUGUCCUGCAUUCCUUCUUACGUGCUAAAAAUAAAAGGUGUGUGGGCAAGAAACUAAUACAUAUACAGUAAGACCCCAUCCACACGUAUCCAGACAUUUAUCCAUCUACACGUAUUAAUUUUUUAAAAACUGAGGAAUUAGAAUCCCUCCAUUUAAAAUGUCCAAGAAAAUGUACCCAUCGUCAAAGGAAUAGUUUCAAAAAUAGCUGCACCCAGUAGGACGUGUAGAAUGUGAUUUCAGUGCAAUUCAGAAGGAAUAUAAAGGAGAUAAAGGUUACCAGGAACAAUAAAUAAUUAAAAUAAUUUGACUUAUAUUGGGAACCCUAGAUCAUAUUUACUUGAGUUACACAGAAGUAGUGUGUAAUGCAUGUGUGACACAAAAUGCCAGAUCUCUCAGCAAUGAGUUGUUGAGGUUCCUAAUUGUGUCCUGCGCAGUAUUUAUGCAGUUCUUGCAGAUUUUGCUGUAGGGUAGGGGUGUUGAUUACCUGUCAAACAACAAUUACAAAGACAAGUACAAAUAACAAGCACAAAUACUUUGUUACCUUAAUUAAGUCAAAAUUUUAGUUAUCUGUACUUUACAGUAAAUAUUUUUCAAUUGAAUUAUUACUUCUACUUCUACUACAUUUUCACACAAUUAUCUGAGUGAAUCUGAUUGUGGUUGGCUGACAUGCCUUAUUGGUUUAUACUAUGAUCCAUCACACCUGCACAUGUCCCCCCAUUCACGUUGCAUUAGGCUGUCAAAGUGCCUGUGACAAAAAAAUAUCAAAUGUAAUCUGGCAUUGAUGAUCUUCGCAUUGACCAUGGUGCCUCCAAACCAAAGUCCUUAUAGGCAAGUCAGUUAACAUGGUAGCCAACUUUGCAAUGGGUUUGAUGCUUCUUUCCAGUCACGCAAGACCAGCCCUGCAUCAGGACUUUAUCCUUGAAUGGACGCAAUGAUUAGCGUUACGAGAAAUCACAUUUAUACUGCAGUUAGUGGCCUCAUGCAGACUCCAACAACAGAUUUGUUGGUUGUCGCCAUUAAGAAAAAAG